AUGAGCAGUGAAGAAGGAACUAAAGACAUCAAGUUUCUAACAUUUAACACCUGGGGUCUCAAAUAUGUCUCUAAAUUUCGCGAACAGCGAUUGAAGGCUAUUGCUGAAAAGCUGGGUGGUAAAUCGAACGCAUUAGCUCUACAUGGCCUCUCUACAGCCCACUCUGGUGUGGAUGAUUACGAUAUAGUAGUACUGCAAGAAAUCUGGUGCAAGUCUGAUUGGGACUAUAUCGAACGUAAAUGCCAACACAAGUAUCCAUACCGUCGACUAUUCUAUUCUGGCAUUCUAGCUGGUCCUGGUCUGGCGAUUUUGUCAAAGAUUCCGAUCGAAUCCACGUUUUUGUACCGUUUCCCCAUAAAUGGCAGACCCAGUGCAUUCUUUCGAGGCGAUUGGUACGUGGGCAAGUCGGUGGCUGUCACGCUGCUGAGACCUAGCAGUGCAGAUGGGUACCCCAUGGCAAUUCUGAACAGCCACAUGCACGCUCCGUACGCAGCAACUGGUGACGCGGCGUAUUACUGUCAUCGUUCGUGCCAGGCGUGGGACCUGAGCAAGCUGGCUAAUCUGUACAAGCUGGCUGGAUACGCAGUGGUCAUUGUGGGGGAUCUCAACUCGAAACCGGGGACUUUGCCCCACAAGUUUCUCACCAAAGAAACCGGGUUCGUUGACUCGUGGGAACAACUACAUGGAGAACAAGAUCUGGCACACAUUGCCAAGCUGGAGCCGCUGCGUCAGAUCGAAUACGGCGGGACUACGUGCGACUCCAUAAUGAACACGUGGCGCUCGAUGCGUCAGCCCGACGAGGCUUGCAGACUGGACUACGCCUUGAUCGACCCCAGCAGGCUCGAAACGGUGCAGGCAUGUGUAAAAUUCACGGAAAGAAUUCCAGAAAUAGGCAGUUUUUCGGACCAUUUCGCAUACAAUUGCACACUGCGUCUGCGUCCGCGAAACGUCAACUCCCACACGCACGAAGAAACCAACAGAGCAACGAUUGUGGAGCGUCUGGAAAUAUACGAGGACAUGCUAAGGGUCCUUGGACACUACAAGAAAGUGGCAAAUUGGCAGAAAAUGUGGCGGGGCACCCAUUUCUGGCUAUCUGUCCUAUGCAUCUUGGUGGUCCAUAUUGCAAUCACGUUUACGUCAAAUCGCGCCGGUUGGUCUUCUGUUUUCUGGGCAUUUUUUCUCACUGUGGUUGUUGCUACAGGGCUGAUUGACGGCCUGAUUUCAUUUUUGUUUGGCAGAAGUGAGGUUCGUGCGUUGGAAGAGGUUAAGCUGGAGGUUUUGGAUGCCAAAUUACACGCCUACAGGCUCCUAGAGCAUAAGAUCUGA